CCCGCCCGGCUCGCCCGAGCUCGCCCGGAGCCCGCCGGCCUCAGGGAGCUAGGAGAAAAGUCUAGCGCUUCCGUAGUUGGCUAUUCUGUGUCCUGUUCUCAAGUUGCCACAUUGCAGCUGUCUUUCGUAACGCAGACACGUCUUUUCUCUUUAUUUCUGUCUCUCUCUGUUUUUAACACUUCCACAGAAACAAAAUAACCUUCAAGCUGGCGGGAGCAAUGGUUCACAUAAAGAAAGGCGGGCUGACCCAGGAAGAAAAGGAGCUACUGGAAGUGAUCGGGAAAGGUACUGUCCAAGAAGCUGGAACACUAUUAUCCACUAAGAAUGUUCGUGUUAACUGUUUGGAUGAGAAUGGAAUGACUCCUCUAAUGCAUGCAGCCUACAAAGGAAAACUUGAUAUGUGCAAAUUACUUCUGCGCCAUGGAGCUGAUGUCAAUUGUCACCAGCAUGAACAUGGGUACACAGCCCUCAUGUUUGCUGCACUUUCUGGUAAUAAAGACAUUACAUGGGUUAUGCUGGAAGCUGGAGCAGAGACAGAUGUGGUCAACUCUGUGGGGAGAACUGCAGCGCAGAUGGCAGCUUUCGUGGGUCAACAUGAUUGUGUGACUAUAAUCAACAAUUUCUUUCCUCGAGAGAGACUGGAUUAUUACACUAAACCCCAGGGAUUGGAUAAAGAGCCAAAACUGCCCCCAAAGUUGGCAGGCCCACUGCACAAAAUUAUCACCACCACAAAUCUUCAUCCUGUCAAGAUCGUGAUGCUUGUAAAUGAGAAUCCUCUACUGGCAGAUGAAGCAGCCUUGAAUAAAUGCUACAAGGUGAUGGAUUUGAUUUGUGAGAAGUGUAUGAAACAAAGAGACAUGAAUGAAGUAUUGGCUAUGAAAAUGCAUUAUAUCAGCUGUAUCUUUCAGAAGUGCAUUAACUUCUUAAAAGAUGGAGAGAACAAACUGGACACUCUAAUCAAAAGCUUGCUAAAAGGCCGAGCUUCUGAUGGCUUUCCAGUAUAUCAGGAAAAGAUCAUUAGAGAAAGUAUCAGAAAAUUUCCUUACUGUGAAGCAACACUCCUGCAGCAGUUGGUUCGAAGCAUUGCUCCUGUUGAAAUUGGUUCUGAUCCCACUGCAUUCGCUGUACUAACGCAGGCCAUCACUGGUCAGGUGGGUUUUGUGGAUGUUGAAUUUUGUACCACCUGUGGAGAAAAGGGAGCCAGUAAAAGAUGUUCUGUAUGCAAAAUGGUCAUAUAUUGUGAUCAAACUUGCCAGAAAGCACACUGGUUUACUCAUAAGAAAAUCUGUAAGAAUCUGAAGGACAUUUAUGAAAAGCAACAAUCGGAGGCUGGCAAAGAAAAGAGUCAAGAGGAGAAGAAUGGCAAACUCGAUGUCAAUUCUAAUUGUGUUAAUGAAGAACAAGCAGAGGCUGAAACGGGUAUCUCCCAAGAGGAUUCCAAUCCUAAAGAUUCUGUGGAAGGGGAGAAAGAAGCUCCAGGAAGGGACGAAGGGCGAGUGGAGGUCCCUGCAGGUCCUCAGCUAUCUGAGGAGUAAAGGCCAUGCAACCGUAACUGUAGCCUUUGCCAGCAUGAUUGGUCCUCCUGCUGGCCAGCAGCUGGAUGGCUCCCAUGAACACAUCUUCAUUGCUCCGUGAGACUACCUGCAUGGCUCCACAGUGGGAGGGCAAAGCUCUGUCUACCAUGCCCUGAUUUCCUAUUGGCUUCUGAUUUGCAAUCGAACGGCUAUUCCUAUAGAGCAAUUUUUCUUUCAGAAUACAACAAAACCAUUUCCAUUCUCUUUCUGAGACUGACUCCUCGGCAGUUUGCCUGAAAGAAAAAUGAAUCCGCAUACAGAAGAAAUGUAGGCUCUAGGGACCAACAGCACAGGUGUGAAAGAGAAAGAAAAUUUUUAUGGCUACAGAAAUAGGCUUAAAAAAAUCCUAACUUAUCUGUGAAUAAAGUACAUAUAAAUAGCAUUUAUUAUAGUGAAGUUCUACUUAUCCAGAUCUGAUAAAUUGAAGAAAAACUGUAUGCUAAACAGUCUUUGCUGUAGUUCAGCCAAGUGUUGUUUUAUAUAGGAACUAGUCUGAGAAGUUUGAACUUUACGUGGUUCCUGCAGAGAGAUUCUCUCUACAUUUGUAGAGAGUAUUUUUACCUUCCUUCAGAAAUGUCACAUCCUUCGAAGGAACCGGAACAGGAACUAGGGCUCUCUUAGCACAUGCUUUAAGCAAAGCACUUCUUAAAAUUUGUGAUUAAAUACUGGCUAAAUCUACUGUCUAUGUAGUUCUUGUAAAACUGGGUGCCAUAUUCCACCCUAAAAGGCUGACUUUUACCCUCUCACUGGCCUUUCAAAGGCCACAUCCUUUCAAAAAACUGUAACUAUUGUUUAGAGAGGGACACAAGCCUGUAAGUUUUAGUACAUGUGUUUACAGAGAGCUUGGAUUUGGUUAUCUGAAGGUCUUGCUCUUUUUCACAUUUUCUUGUGUUGAUUUUAAAAUAAAUCAUGCCUAUGGGUAUAAAUAGCUUGUUUCAUAAUUUAUUAUUGUCAGAGAGUAGCAAAUUAUAGAUUAAAUUAUAGAUUAAAAUCUAAC